UCCCUCCUCGCGAACUCCUCGAAUGCAUCAUCAAUGGCGACCAUCCACCACUCUCCCAUCCCUUUCUCCCCUCUCUUCAACCCUAAACCUCUUCAUCACCACCACCACCACCUUCAAUCCCCCUUUCCCAAGCCCAAACCCACAAACCUCUCCAUUUCCACUCCCUCUCGCGUCGCCAUCGUCGAGCACAAAGCUCCCGACCAUCACCAGCUCCGCGCUCUUCUUCGCCUCGCCUCCCGUCACCGGGACCUUGCUCUUGGCCGAGCCAUCCACGCCCGCAUUACCAAGAGUCAGCACCAUGAAGACACAGGUGAAAUAACCCAUCUUUUCAACAUUCUCAUCUCCAUGUAUCUCAAAGUUGGCCGCCUCUUUGAUGCCCGCAAGGUGUUUGAUGUUAUGCCUUUUAGAGAUGUUGUUUCUUAUUCCUCUCUGGUGUCCGCGUAUGCCAAGUGUGGAUUGGAGAAUGAUGCAGUUGAGCUUUUUGAUGAAAUGCGUGAAUCUGGGAUUGAGCCGAAUGAGCAUAGUUUUGUUGCAGUGCUUACGAAUUGCAUACGAAGAAUGAAUGACCGAUUGGGUUCUCAGGUUCAUGGGUUGGCAAUCAAAAGUCUUCACUGGUCUUGUGUGUAUGUUGCGAAUGCAAUAAUGGGGUUGUAUGUGAAGUGUGGGCGUUUGGAUGAUGCUCUUCGGGUAUUUGUUGAAAUGCCUGAGAGGGAUGUGUCAUCAUGGAAUGCCGUUAUUUUGGGUAUGGUUGAGGAUUUUAGAUAUCGUCAAGCAUUUGAGGUGUUUCAUGAUAUGAGAAUGGAUGGAAUUGAUGGAGAUCGUUUCUCGUUGUCUACCCUUUUGACGGCUGUUUCGGAGGGGUUUAGCUUGGUUGAAGGACAUGCUGUUCAUGCUUAUGCUCUUAAGGUUGGGUUGGAGCUUGAUAUAAGUGUGGGUAAUGCGCUUGUAGGGUUCUAUACUAGAUUUAGAUGUUUGGAGGAUGUGGUUGACGUGUUCCAAAGAAUGCCGGUGAAGGAUGUGAUAUCCUGGACUGGGAUGCUUACGGGGUUCAUGGAAUUUGGUAUGGUGGAAGCAGCUUUGGAGAUCUUUGAUCAGAUGCCAGAGAGGAACUCCAUUUCAUAUAAUGCCCUUUUAGCUGGAUUCUGCCGAAAUGGUGAAGGUUAUCGAGGCCUGGAGUUGUUUCAAAGAAUUAUGGAGAAUGGUGUGGAGAUAUCAGAUUUCACAUUGACGAGUGCUAUUAAUGCUUGUGCAUUGUUCUCUGACAAAGAAUCUAGUGAGCAAAUACAUGCAUUUGUUGUCAAGGUUGGGUUCAGAUCAAAUCCUUGGAUUGAAGCAGCUUUGCUGGAUAUGUGUGCCAGAUGUGGCAGAAUGGAAGAUUCACAGAAGUUGUUUAAGAAUUUGGUCCAUGAAGAAAGCUUUUUGGUUGCAUGGACUUCUCUGAUUUGUGCAUAUGUGAGAAAUGGACAACCUGAUGAGGCAUUGUCCCUUUUUAACACAAUUUUAAAAGGCAAUGAUGCAGUAGUUUUGGAUGAAAUCAUGUUGGCUACUAUCCUUGGAGUUUGUGGGACCUUGGGAUUUGAAGAGAUGGGAAAGCAAAUCCACAACCUUGUUAUCAAAUCUGGGGUCUCAUCCGAUUCAGCAGUAUGCAAUGCAGUCUUAAGCAUGUACGCAAAGUGUGGGAACUUGGAAGAUGCAAUUUGCCUGUUUGGUUCAAUGCCCCAACAUGAUAUAGUGACGAUGAAUGCAUUGAUCAAUGCUCACCUCCUCCACCGGCAAGGAGAUGAGGUUUUGUCUAUCUGGGGUGAUAUGGAGGAGUUGGGUGUGAAGCCGGAUGGCAUUACCUUUCUUUUGCUAAUCUCAGCUUGCAAAUGUACAAAAUCAAAGUCCAUUGAUACCUGCUGGAGGUUGUUUCACUCUAUGGCAAGCUCUUACAAAUUAGAGCCAUCAUCUGAGCACUAUGCUGCCAUGGUUGAUGUUCUAGGCUAUUGGAGUUGCUUUGAUGAAGCAGCGAAACUGAUUCAUAACAUGCCUUUCAAACCAAAUGCAUUAGUCUGGCGUGCUUUACUUGAUAGCUGCAGACUUAGAUCAAAUAUUACUCUGGGGAAGCAAGUCAUCCAAGAACUACUUGUUAUGGAACCACAAGAUCCAUCAACAUAUGUACUUGUGUCAAAUCUUUAUUUGGCUUCUGGUAGAUGGCACUGCUCGGAGAAGGUGAGGGAGGAGAUGCGAGGAAAGGGGUUGCAGAAACAUCCAACACGUAGCUGGAUUAUUCAUUCAAAAAUAGUUCACUCCUUCUACACAAGAGAUAGAUCACAUCCGCAAUCCAAAGACAUUUACAGUGGUCUCGAGGUACUGAUAUUGGAGUGCAUGAAAGCUGGGUAUGAGCCUGAUACAAGCUUUGUAUUGCAAGAUGUCGAGGAGUAUCAGAAGAAGGAUUUCCUAUGCUAUCACAGUGCCAAACUGGCUGCUACUUACGGGCAUCUUGUCACAGAAUUGGGACAACCGGUGCAGGUUGUGAAAAACAUUCGUCUAUGUGGAGAUUGCCACACAUUUCUGAAGUUUGUUUCAUCUGUGACUAGGCGAGAGAUCUCUUUUAGAGAUGCCACUGGCUUUCAUCGUUUUAAGAAUGGCAAGUGCUCUUGCGGGGAUUACUGGUGAUUGAAAUGGAAAGAUUGUUUGUUACAUAUGAUCUCUUUUACCCAUUUUGUCAAGUGUAGAGAUAAUUGUACAUUAUAUUAAUUCAAGGAAAAAAUUGAGAAAAUUUUCCUCUUAUCAUCCUUUUCUUUCUGUGAUACAUACUGAUGGUCUCAACUUGUUGCUGAAGAUUAGAGAACACUUCCAAGAAGAAAGUGAAAGCUUCUAGAUGAAUGAUGUCCGAU